AUCUCGAUAAGGUGUUACCCAAGCAGAGUUCUCUAGGCUCCCAUUGUCCCAAAGAUGAAGUUCCUCUUCGUGGUUGCCCUUAUCGCACUGGCCGUUCAGGUGGCCUAUUCUGCAUCUUCCUCAACAACCACAACUACAACCGCUGCAACCACUACAACCACCACCACCGAUGCCACAACCACCACAACUGCCUCCUCCACCCACAAGCGCUGUUGGAAGGGCAACAACUGGUGCCACACCCGCAUCCCCAAGCGGAAGUGCAAGCACCCGAAGAGGUGCCACAAGACCGUCGUCAUCGUGACCCACAAGAAAGGAUAAAAAUGCACAGGAGUGAAGUUGUUUUAAAGAAGUAAUAAAAUGAAAAAGUAUA